GAAUCUUGUUCUCUUUUUCUAGCAUUACAGUGUUUCUGCCACCUUUGUACAAAAGACAAUUUUACUUGUGUCACAGAUGGGCUCUGCUUUGUCUCUGUCACAGAGACCACAGACAAAGUUAUACACAAUAGUAUGUGUAUAGCUGAAAUCGACCUAAUUCCUCGAGACAGGCCAUUUGUAUGUGCACCGUCCUCAAAAACUGGGUCUCCUACUACAACGUUUUGCUGCAAUCAGGACCAUUGCAAUAAAAUAAAACUCCCAACUGUUGGAAAGCCAUCGUCUGGCCUUGGUCCCGUUGAACUGGCAGCUGUCAUUGCUGGACCAGUCUGCUUUGUCUGCAUCUCACUCAUGUUGAUGGUCUAUAUCUGCCAUAACCGCACCGUCAUUCACCAUCGAGUGCCGAAUGAAGAGGAUCCUUCAUUAGAUCGCCCUUUUAUUUCAGAGGGUACUACGUUAAAAGACUUAAUUUAUGAUAUGACAACAUCAGGUUCUGGAUCAGGUUUACCAUUGCUUGUUCAGAGAACAAUCGCAAGAACUAUCGUGUUACAAGAAAGUAUUGGCAAAGGUCGAUUUGGAGAAGUUUGGCGAGGGAAGUGGAGAGGAGAAGAAGUUGCUGUUAAAAUAUUCUCCUCUCGAGAAGAACGUUCAUGGUUCCGUGAGGCAGAGAUUUAUCAAACUGUAAUGUUACGUCAUGAAAACAUCUUGGGAUUUAUAGCAGCAGACAAUAAAGACAACGGUACAUGGACUCAGCUCUGGUUGGUGUCAGAUUAUCAUGAGCAUGGAUCCCUUUUUGAUUAUUUGAACAGAUACACAGUUACUGUGGAAGGGAUGAUAAAACUUGCUCUGUCCACGGCAAGUGGACUUGCCCAUCUUCACAUGGAGAUUGUUGGUACCCAAGGAAAACCAGCCAUUGCUCAUAGAGAUUUGAAAUCAAAGAAUAUCUUGGUAAAGAAGAAUGGAACUUGCUGUAUUGCAGACUUGGGACUGGCAGUAAGACAUGACUCGGCUACAGAUACUAUUGAUAUUGCUCCAAACCACAGAGUGGGAACAAAAAGGUACAUGGCCCCUGAAGUUCUAGAUGAUUCCAUAAAUAUGAAGCACUUUGAAUCCUUCAAGCGUGCCGACAUCUAUGCAAUGGGCUUAGUGUUCUGGGAAAUAGCUCGACGAUGUUCCAUUGGUGGAAUUCAUGAAGAUUACCAGCUGCCUUAUUAUGAUCUUGUACCUUCUGAUCCAUCAGUUGAAGAAAUGAGAAAAGUUGUUUGUGAACAGAAGUUAAGGCCAAAUAUUCCAAACAGAUGGCAGAGCUGUGAAGCCCUGAGAGUAAUGGCAAAAAUCAUGAGAGAAUGUUGGUAUGCCAAUGGAGCAGCUAGGCUUACAGCUUUACGGAUUAAGAAAACAUUGUCACAACUCAGUCAACAGGAAGGCAUCAAAAUGUAAUUCUGCGGCUUUGCCUGGACUCUGUUUUUCUUCAGAGCUGCUCCUGGGUUUUAAUUUGGGAGGUCAGUUGUUCUACCUCACUGAGAGGGAACAGAAGGAUAUUGCUUCCUUUUGCAGCAGUGUAAUAAGGUCAAUUAAAAACUACCCAGGAUUUCUUUGGACCCAGGAAACAGCCAUGUGGGUCCUUUCUGUGCACUAUGAACGCUUCUUUCCCAGGACAGUUACAAAAUGUUGUGUAGUCUACCUUUAUUUUUUAUUAACACAAAACUUGUUUUUUUAAAAGAUGAUUGCUGGUCUUAACUUUAGGUAACUCUGCUGUGCUGAAGAUCAUCUGUAAGGGUAAAGGAACUAGAUUGCUGAGUUAUACAAAAACAUUUCUUAUUUUUAAAGAAAGUGAUUUCUUUCUCCUGGCUAGUACAUUCUCAGAGGAUUCUGAACCACUAAAGAGUUUCCUUGAUUCAGACUUUGAAUGUACUGUUCUAUAAUUUUCAGGAUCUUAAAACUAACGCGUAUAAAACUCUUAUCUUGAGUCUAAAAAUGACCUCAUAUAGUAGUGAGGAACAUAAUUUAUGCAAUUGUAUUUUGUAUACUAUUAUUGUUCUUUCACAUAUUUGGAACAUUACAUGCCUUCAAAAUGGGAUUGUACUAUACCAGUAAGUGCCACUUCUGUGUCUUUCUAAUGGAAAUGAGUAGAAUUGCUUGAAGUCUGUAUAUGUUAAAACCUGAAGUGUUUUAAUUGAAAAA